CUAGGUUUCCAUCUCAUCUUGCGGACAGCCUGCUACUUCGAACUGGGUUCUCUCAUCUCUGCACUUCAGCCGUUCACCUCCCUUGUCUCCUUACCUCCAUAUACGUCGUGUAACAACCAUCUAUCCAUUAACGGUCUCCAACCCACCAAUAGCUCCCGCUUCCAGAAUAUUCGCAGGAAUGACUGCUCUUCAUCAUGGAAAUAUGAAUUGCAGCAUCUUAUGUAAAAGGGGAGCGGUUUCCUUUGUGGGUUUUGCGGCUCUUCCAUUUUCUCAGCCGAGGGCGAGUGCCUUUGAAGGUUUGGUGAGAGGUCCUAAAUUCGAAUUCAGGGAAAAGGGGAGAAGUGGUAGAUCGAGGAUGACUCCUUACUGCGCUGAAAAUUCUGGCAAGGAAAAGUCUACAAUUGUGAUGGAAAAAAGCGUAUCGGUGAUUCUUUUGGCUGGGGGGAAGGGAAAAAGGAUGGGAGCGAGCAUGCCAAAGCAGUAUCUUCCACUUUUAGGCCAACCAAUUGCUCUGUAUAGUUUGUACACUUUCUCACAAUUGAUUCAAGUGAAGGAAAUCAUUGUGGUUUGUGAUCCCUCUUACAAGGACAUUUUUGAAGGAACCAAAGGGAAGCUUUGUGUUGAAGUUAAAUUUGCACUCCCUGGGAAGGAAAGGCAAGAUUCUGUCUACAGUGGCCUUCAGGCAGUCGAUUCAAGUUCAGAGCUUGUUUGCAUCCAUGAUUCUGCAAGACCUUUAGUAUCAACAGGAGAUAUUGAAAAGGUUCUUAAAGAUGGUUGGCUGAAUGGAGCAGCUGUACUUGGUGUUCCUGUAAAAGCAACGAUAAAAGAGGCUAAUAGCCAAUCCUUUGUUGUCAGAACUCUGGAUAGGAAAACGCUUUGGGAAAUGCAGACUCCACAGGUCAUUAAACCCGACUUGCUUAAGAAAGGUUUUGAGCUAGUAAAUAGAGGAGGACUUGAAGUCACUGAUGACGUAUCUAUUGUGGAGCACCUCAAGCAUCCUGUAUAUAUUACCGAAGGAUCUUAUACCAACAUCAAGACUGUUUUGCAGGUCACAACCCCAGAUGAUUUAUUGCUUGCAGAGAGAAUAAUGAGUUUGAGCACUGGAGUGUCAUCUUAGAAGGCUAGACUAUAUGGGCUUAAUUUGUGUGUAAUAUUGUUGUAGAAAUGGCAUUUUCUUUUAAUAAUUUUGAAAAUUGUUGGGGUGAAAGAAUUUCUUGACUUGAGAAAAAUCCUCAUGCUACCCUAAGAUUACAUACGAAAAAAUGCCUUUAUCUUGAAGGCAGUCCAACACCACUACAAAAACUCCCCUUGUGAAUUCAGGGUUUGUUUCAUAGCCCAAAUGCAGAAUGUGUUUAUUGUGUA